AUGAAUCCAACCAAAUCGUUCCUGGGAGUCUCUAGUGGUAAAUUCCUGGGAUUCAUAGUCACAUCCAAGAGAAUUUCUCUCGACCUAGAAAAGGUUCGUGCUAUCCAAGAAAUGCCACCUCCAAGAAAUAUCAAAGAGCUCAGAGGCUUGCAAGGCAGAUUAGCGUACAUCCGGAGAUUCAUAUUAAACCUCUCAGGACGCUGUCAGCCCUUCACCAAGCUGAUGAAGAAAGGAGUUUUGUUCAUUUGGGAUGGAGAUUGCCAAAAGGUAUUUGAGGAGAUUAAAAGAUACAUCACUCAACUACCUGUUCCUGUAGCCCCAAUAUCAGGGAAACAUUUCCUAUUGUAUGUGAGGGCCAUGGAUCAUUCUCUGAGAGUAUUAUUAGUUUAG